GAGCCACUGGGUUCCCAUGGCUGCAGAAGUGCUUACAGACUGUGCAGAGGGCCAUGUGACCUUUGAGGAUGUGGCUGUGUACUUCUCCCAGGAGGAGUGGGGGCUUCUUGAUGUGGCCCAGAGGCUCCUGUAUCAUGAUGUGAUGCUGGAGACCUUUGCACUCAUGGCCUCGCUGGGACUGGUAUCUUCCAGGACCCAUGAAAUCACCCAACUGGAGUGGUGGAGAGAGCCCUGGAUGCCUGACCGAGAGGCCAUGGCCCCAGACAUGACAAGAGGUUGUUGGCAUGGAGUGGAGGCGGAAGAAGCACCUUCUGAGCAGAGUGUUUCUGUAGAAGGAAUGUCACAGGUCAGGACUCACAAGGCAGGUCCAUCCACCCAAAAGACCCACCCUGGUGCAGUAUGUAGCCUUGUCUUCAAGGAGAAUGUGCAAUUGACUGUGCAUCAGGGAACAUGUCCUAGGAAGAAACUGUACACAUGUGGAACAUGUGGGAAAGGGUUCUGGUUCCAUGCAGACCUUCACCAGCACCAGAAACUUCAUGCUGCAGAUAAACCCUUCAGAAGAGAAGAGGGCUGGGUCUCAGUUUUGAAGAGCUGCAGAGUUCAUGUGUUGGAGAAGCCCAUCCAGUGCAGGGAGAGUGGGAAAGACGUCCUCACCAGCUCAAAUCUUCCCAAGCAUCAGGGGACUCACAGCAGGGGUGAGACUGUGAGCUCUGAGUGUGGGGAGGCCUUCCACACUGGAAAAAAGCAUUACAAAUGCCAUGAAUGUGGGAAAGCCUUCAGUCAGAAAUACUUACUUGUUCAGCAUCAGAGAAUCCACACUGGAGAAAAGCCUUACGAGUGCAGCGAAUGUGGGAAGUCAUUUAGCAAUAAAUAUAACCUUCAUAAACACCAGAUAGUUCACACUGGAGAAAGGCCUUAUGGGUGCAGUGACUGUGGAAAAUCCUUUAGCCGCAACGCUGACCUCCUUCAACACAGGAGAGUUCACACUGGAGAAAAGCCAUUUACGUGCAAAGACUGUGGAAAACCCUUCAGGCAUAAUUCCACACUUGUUCAGCACCAGAGAAUCCACACUGGAAAAAGGCCUUAUGAGUGUGGUGAAUGCGGGAAGUUCUUUAGCCAUAACUCCAGCUUUAUGAAACAUCAGCGAGUUCACACUGGAGAAAAGCCUUAUGACUGCAGGGAAUGUGGGAAAGCCUUUAGUCAUAAGUCAAGCCUCAUUAAUCAUUGGAGAGUUCACACUGGAGAAAGGCCUUAUGAGUGUAAUGAAUGUGGAAAAUUCUUUAGCCAAAACUCCAGCCUCAUUCAACACCGAAAACUUCACAGUGGAGAAAAGCCUUUUAAGUGCAAUGAAUGUGGAAGAUUCUUUAGUGAAAAUUCCAGCCUUGUUAAACAUUGGAGAGUUCACACUGGAGCAAAGCCUUAUGAGUGCAGCGAAUGUGGCAAAUUUUUUCGCCACAACUCGAGCCUUGCUAAACAUCGGCAAAUUCACACUAGAGAAAUGCUUUAUGAGUGCAGCCACUGUGGAGAAUCCUUUAGCAAGCACAUCAAACUCAUUCAACACCAGAGCAUUCACACUGGAAAAAAUCUUGAGUGUAGCAAAUACGGAAAAUCCUUUAGGCACAACUCCAUGCUUAUUGAGCACCAGAGGAUUCACAACUGGAGAAAGGGCUUAAUGUGGCAAAUGUAGAAAAUCUUUAGUCACACCUCCAGCCUCACCAACACUGGAGAGUUCCCACUCAAGGAAGGCCUUAUGAGUGUAGCAAAUGUGGGAAAUGAUUUAUGAAAUGGCCCCACCUCAUUCAGCACCAACAAAUUUACAACAGAGGAAGGCGUAUUGAAUGCAGCAAAUAAAGAAGAGCCUUGAACCAAAGGUUUCAGCAACAAACUGGCCUUAUGAUUGCUGUGGAUGUGAGGAAAGGCUUUGACCAAAUGUAUGACGUUUACAGCACCAGAAAGUUUAGACUUGAGAAAGGCCUUAAGCUGAGAGUAGUUUUUAUGAAAGAACCAUCAAUUGAACUUAAAAUAUGCACACUAAGAAGAUUUACUAUGACUGCUAGGUGUGAUGGAAGACUUCUGGAGCUGUACUGCAUGUUGUCACCUGCCCAAGGACUUUUUCAGAGUAUGUAAUGGCUAGGGCUUGUGGCAGAAGCCAUCUCAACUCUCCAGCUGGGUGGUCUCCACAAUGUGCAACACUUGCCAACCAUUAUUGACUUGUUGGCAAUUGGUGGUGGUAGUAGAAUUACCAACAACUCCAUUCCUCUAAAAGAGGGAGGCAACAUUAGGUGGUUUUUUUUUUUUCUUUUGGAUUCUUAAACCCCCGUUUACACUUAGUGUUGUUAGUAUAGUUGGAUUUACGAUUGACAUUUUACUUUUUGUUUUCUAUACGGCUCAUGUCAUUUUGUUCCUUUAUUCCACUUUUGCUGAUUUUUUUUUAUUAAGUGAAUAUCCUCUAAUGUAGCAUUUUAUUUCCUUUAGUGAUUAUUUCACUGUUUAUAUUUUUCAAGUUAUUUCCUUUAGUGGUUACUCUAGGACUUGUCAUUGUCAAAAGAAAAAUCUGAUCAAUGAGUCACACAAGUGCAGAACUGGGCCACCGUGACUAAAUCUCUGCUUCCUUCUCCGGAGGCCGGGUCCCCAUUGCUUGCUCAAGAGGCUGCAUCUUGGCUGCCCUCUCUCAACCUGAUCCGGAGGCCAAGUCCUGACUUUCCACUGCAGAGAGCCGAGUCUCUCAGAGGCUACUGGAAGGUGCUACACAAGCCCACUGGGACAUGGGCCAACCGAAUACCAGCUGUGACCCCAAACUAGUUGCUUCCCACCUGGUUCUUGGCCCUAGGAAGUCAAAGAGCAGCAGGACUGGCUCCAGCACUUGGGUUGGGAACUCAACAUGUUUCCUAAGACACUUCCUGCUCUCAGGCCACAUGUGGUACACAGUCAGUUCCCAGGAGACCUCCCCCGGUUGUUUGCAGUGUCCCAGUCUGUCCUGCUGGCAGAAGGCGUCCCCACAUGGGGAUUGAGCUUUCUUUGGGAACCCAGGACACCAGCAAGGAGUAGAGCUGGGAGUCACACCUGCCAGGACAACCUCAAAGACUGGCUGAGAGGGCAGGACUCUGUCAAGGCGAUGUGCCUCUUGUGUUUGCCUACUGGACUCUGUGGCACUCCCCACAGCCUUGUUUUUCUCCAUUGCCUUCAGUGCAGCUUAGACUUCUUCCCUCAAUACCAUCUGUUCUUGA